CUUGGGUGGUGAGGACUUGACGAUGACGGUUUCUUGUUUAUUUACAUUUUGUCUCGCAAAAGACUAGUGGUCCCACCGACUGUUGAUCCUAUUGAUGUGCUAUUGGAAAACAUUGCCGAUAUGAAGUGCUAUCUAAAGUGUGUUGGCGAUGCCCGUCAUGAUCCCAUUGAAAUUAGAAACGAUGUGGAAACAUUUAUCGGAAGACUGAGAGCCACCGAAAUAAAGGACGUUAUGUGUUCGAGGAAUCAAGUAUCUUUGAGAGCAGAUUUCGACAAACGUAAUGUUAAUGUGAAAGCGUUGGGCGUUAACAAUUCAGGAAUAAACGGUUUUGCAUUGAAAAAAGAUAAAAUGUACGUCCUGCAACCCGACGAUGUCCUAGAAAUUCUCCUGGGUAAAUAUUUCUAUGAAAUCGUAUUUGAAUCGGACCCUGCCACCGAUGAACGAACUGAUCAAGCAUCGGUGACUCCAACGGUUACAACAGUCAAAAAUGCCAACGGUGUAUGGGAGUCUGUCGGCGAUGGAAAAUUAUUGAUUUUCACGCCGGACAACGUAAGGGCUUCGAACAAGGUUGCUGCCUAUGAUCUCGAUGGAACUAUCAUAACGACAAAAUCUGAGAAGAGGUUUCCGCAAGAUGUCGAUGAUUGGAAGAUUUUCCCGUAUGUAGCCCCUAAGCUGAGUAGUCUGCAUCAGGACGAUUAUAAAAUUGUGUUUUUCACCAAUCAAAAUGGAAUUUCUUUAGGAAAGUACAAAGUGGAGGAUUACAAGAAAAAGACCGAGGCUAUCGUUACGAAACUGAAUCUGCCGAUACAAGUGUUUGCAGCUACUGGUAAAACAAUCUACAGGAAACCGAUGCUUGGAAUGUGGAAUUACUUGUGUGAACAUAAAAAUCAAUCGGUCAAAAUCAACAAAAACGAAAGCAUUUUCGUUGGUGACGCUGCAGGUCGGCCAGCAAAUAAAGUGCUUAAGACAAAGAAAGAUCACUCCACAGCAGAUCGGCUAUUCGCAUUGAACAUUGGAAUCAAAUUUCAAACUCCGGAGGAACAUUUUUUGAAACACUCAACGUCAACGUGGGUCAGACCGCUAUUCGAUCCAAAAAGUUUUGUCGCAUCGAAAUCUUUAUUGGAUCCACCAGACAGUCGGCUUGUUUCGACGAAACUAGAAGUCAUUCUUAUGGUUGGAUGUCCCGGCUCCGGAAAGAGUACAUUUGCUACAACUCAUCUAGUUUCCAGUGGCUACAAAUGGAUCAAUCAGGACACACUAAAGACAUGGCAGAACUGUCUGAAACAUUUGGAAAACGCUGUCACGGCUAAACAAAAUUCAGUUAUCGACAAUACAAAUCCGUCAAAGGAAACUCGUAGGCGUUACAUUGAUGCGGCAAAGAAAUUGAAAAUUCAGUGUCGCUGCUUUGUCAUGGACGUACCAUUUGCCCAUUCCAAGCACAACAAUAUUUACCGUGAAUUGACCGAUUCGACGCACAAACCGGUCAAUGGCAUCGUCAUGAAUACAUUUAACAAACACUAUGAACAGCCGACAGUUGCUGAGGGUUUCCAGGAAGUGGUCAAAGUGAAUUUUAUCCCGAAAUUCAAUAGCAUUGAUGAGGAACACCUGUACAGAAUGUAUUUAGUCGACUCGUAAUUGUAUAUUUGGCUUAUAGUUCUGCCGGAAGGCUCUAUGGACACGAUUGUAAAAUUUGUUAAUUGAAAUAAAACUUUUCGAACUGAA